UUUGUUUUUUUAGAGUCCGGUUCGAAACGAGAAUAUCGAGAAUGAAGGUAUUUCGAAGGUUGUUUUGCUGCUGUUCACCCCGAAGAGAACACGGUGUAGGGAACGCGUCAGAUAGUGAAGAAAUUGACAUGACAGAAACAAGAUUCCACAAGUCAAGUGGCGAUGCGGCUGCGGACUGUUGUACUAAACACUGUGAAGAUAAAGCAAUAUCUUCUUCCGAACUUACUACACUUGCCAAAGAGUUAGAAGAAGUAAAGAGUAGACUGACAAUUGCAGAAAGACGGAUAGAUGAGUUGGAAAAGUCACUUGUUCAACAGAAGAGAGGAAUGAUUGUUGAAAGUGCAGAAGAUACAGAAGCUACAGAUUUAAAGGAAAUGAAAAUAUUGCUAAUUUACCAGAACUGCCAUCAUGCUGUUGCCGUGAAUUUAUCUGAAAAUCUACAAUCAAGACAAAGUGGCCAAGUGACCGUCAUACCAUAUAAAGACAUACAAUUAGCUAAAGAGGCAUCCUAUUUAAACUACCUGGUCAUAUUUCUUCUGGGAGUAGAAAAUCGGUUCAUUCCUGGAUCACUAGAUGAAAACUUCAAAACUGUCAACAAACUGACUUCUUACACUCCAGUGUUCAUGCCUAUUGUUGUUGAGGGUGGUCUAGCCCCAAGAAUAGAAUGUCCAGUUGGAAUGAAAAUGGUAACAGUUGAAACUAUACGUUACAACAUUACAUCAAUGGAAUUAUCAAUGUCAGAAACUGACUUUUCCACAUUGAUUAGAAUACUAACAGAGCAGUUGUAACACGCAGUGAACGUGCGCUAGCUAUUAGUUAUGAAGCUUAGUAAGAAAUAAGUCAUGAGUUAACAAUGCUGAUAUUUGUACUGUGAAAUAAAAGUGUGUAGCUGUUGGCUGAAAUUUGAAGGCAA